AGAAUCCAAAACACCCCAAAAAAAAAAAAACCCAGUAAAAAUUUGUAGUCAAAAAAAUGUCUGGAAAUAACAAUAAUAAUAGUUACACAAGUAUUGACAAAAGCAACCUCUUAAACCCAGAAAUAGACGAGGAAAACCAAAUGUUCAGAAGAAGAAGAACAGAGGAAAACGAUGAAGAAGAAAGAGCCCAAAUAAACGACAGGCCCAAGCCCAAAGGCCCAACAUGGAAGGGAGAAAGUGCAAAGAGUGUUGUCUAUGGUGGCUUAGAUGCUAUAGUCACCUGUUUUUCACUUAUCUCAUCCAUCUCAAGCGGUGGCAGUAUGUCAUCCGUUGAUGUUUUGGUAUUGGGAUUCGCGAAUUUAGUGGCUGAUGGAAUUUCAAUGGGGUUUGGAGAUUUUUUGAGUAGCUCUACUGAGAAGGAGAUGGCUUUUAAAGAAAGAGAUGUAACACAAUGGGAGGUUGAUAAUCAUGCUAUGUCACAGAUUACGCAUUUGAUUGAACGCUAUCGAGAGCUUGGGAUGGAUCCCCGUGAUGCUACCACGGUAGUAGAAAUAUUUUCAAAAUACAAAAACAUAAUGGUGGAUGAGAAAAUGAUGGGUCAAAAGGGGAUAGUGCCACCAAACGAAGAAGAGAAGCCAUGGAAGAGUGGCUUAGUCACCUUCACUUCCUUCCUACUGUUUGGAUGCGCCCCGCUUUUGUCAUUCAUCAUCCUCAUUCCUUUCACUAACGACGAUACCAUAAAGUUCAUCGGCGCUUGUAUACUCUCGGUCCUCGCCCUGACUCUUCUCGGACUUGCUAAGGCAAAGAUUUCCGGUGGAAGCUACACGCUUUCGGCUCUGAUGACAGUUUCAAAUGGUGUCAUUGCAGCUGCUGUUGCUUAUGCUAUUGGUUGGAGUCUCAGAAAUCUGGCUGGCCUGGAGGACCCUUAAUUAACUAACUAGUGACUCUUCGAAGCUGUGCUUAAUAUUUUUUAUGUAGUUUGUGUUACAUACGAGGGUAAUGUCGUAAUGUAUGGCUCACCUUUUGAAAAUCUAGCUAAGCUAGAUGCUCAAUUUUGUGACAUUGCUCGUGUGGUUUUACCUUAUAAUUUUGGGACGGAGGGAGUAUUAUUUUAGAUCCGCCACUCCCGCAGUUGAAGAUUCUAACCUACCUCGGGUUUUAGUACUGCCUUUGUAAUAAUAUUGCGCAAGUAUCAAACUUUGUUAGACUAAUAGAGACCCCAAAUUCUUAUUUACAAGUAGUUAUAAAAGGAUGAAUGUUAUAUACUGAAGUAAAAUGUAUCUUUAUAUAUGUAAACGUUAUUUAUUUUGUA